AUGUUAUAAAUUGUGCCAUCAAACUAAGUGGAAAUCUUGAAGGCCAAUCUUAAGAAUAAUCAACUUAAAAUUUAUGAAGCCAUUGAACAAAAUCAAAUAGAUUAAGCAUUUCAAAUUCUGUUUCAACAAUAAUCGUCAUCUAUUUGGAUUAGCUCACUUUAUCUCAUUUUAUAAAAAUAAGACAUAGAACAAUAUAUUAUUGAUAAAUUUGUUAAAGUAAUUGAAGAUCCAUCUACUUUUUAAAUCUCUGAAAAUGAAUAAUAAGCAUUCACAUAAAUCUGUUCACAAAUUAUCAAUAUUGAUUUGAUUGAACUCUUACAUAAAUAUUCUCUAAAUGGUUGGAUUCAACUCUCAUAGAAAAUACAUCUUUAUUUGAGAAAAUCUAUACAUCCAAAAGUGCCUUCUAUCUUUAUCAAUUACUUUAUUAAUCAAAAUAUAGAAUUGCUAGAACAAUAUGAAAAAUCCUUUGAUGAAGAUUUCAUAUGGACUCUACAUAAUUUUUAAUCAUUCUAUUAAAUGAUGCCAACACAUAUUGAUCAUCCUUAUUAUCAACUUAUUUAAAUAUCUAUUUAUAUAAGAAUGUUAGAUAUUGAAAAUAUUCCUAAUCCUAUCUAAUCUCAUACUAUUCCUAUUCAAUAUUAAUCAAAAUUAGAAAAUAUACUUAAAUAACUCAUUCCAACUCCACAUCAAAAUUGUUUAGAUCAUUAUGUAUUUUGUCUUAUUAAUGUUGGUCUAUUUGGAAUUGUUAUUCAGCAUCUUCAAAAUUAAUUGACACUUUAAUAAAUUAACUAAAUUAGAACUUCCUUUAUUUCAUUUGCAACUUAAUCAAAUUAUAUUGUAGAUCUAAAUGUCUAUCAAUUCUUAGAAUCAUAAUCUAAUUUUGAUGAAGAAUUUAAAAAACUUAUUUAUUUCAAUAAUCCUGCUAUUUAUGAAAAUAUGAGUACUUUUAAUCAAAUUUGGAUUUUAAAUGGACUUAUUCAAAAUUUUAAUUACCUUCAAAGUCAAUAAGUAUUUAUUACUUUUUACUAAUUUAGAGAAUAAUCAAAUAAUUAGCUAUUGAUAAUACUUAAUUAUCUUUAAGGGCUCUUUGGAUAUUACAUUUAGAUGGAGCCUAAUCUGAUAUGAAUUUAGACCACUAAAAUAUUUUUAAAAGAAAAAAUUUCAAAUUUCUUAACAUUUUUCAUCUUCUUAAAUUCAAAGAAGACUUUGAUUUUUAACAUUUAAUUGAAGCUUUAAAAGUUAUUGCAAUUUGUCUAUGGACAGAUAGAGAAAUUAAAUAAGAAGAUUUUGAUACCAAACUUUUUCUUAUUUCUGUUAGAAAAUGUAUAACUGUUCAAAACUGUUCAAAUAUAUUUUAAUUACUAUUUGGUAUUUCUAGUGGAAUAUUUGAUGUUGAAUAUGAUGCUCAUCAAAUAAAAAUACAUAUUCCAUAUUUCUUAGAAUUAUUAAUUAUCCUUUUAUUUGAACAAAAUAUUGACAUCAAAUUAAAGAAUUACUAUUUAACAUAAUUCAUUAUUUUAUCUAAAAAUUUAGAAAAUGUUUUAAUAAUUUUGAGAAGUUAAAUUAUAGAAAGAUUAAUCUUAUUUUUAAGAAUUGAAAAUAUAUUCCAAGAAAAAAUUAUAUAAAUAUUGAUCAAUUGUAUUAAAGUUAGAUUUUAACUAUAAUAUUUAUAGUCUAUAGCCUUAUUUAUGUCUCCUUAUUAAUCUUUAUUAAUGGUUCCCUAUUUUGAUGAGUAAUAAAAAUAUGAAUCUUAUUAAAAAAUCUUUAAAAUCUUAGGAAUUCCAAAAUAAGCAAUAGAGAGUGGAUCCUUAAUUCAAUAAGAAUAUUUUUAUAAUUAAAUAAACAACAAAUAAUUGUUUAUUAAAAAUUCUCUCUUAUUACUUUAUUGUUUGAAAGAAAUAAUUUAGAUUUAAAAUGAUUAGUACUAUUAUUUUACUGGUCAUGAAAGUGGAAUAGUAGUAAAAGGGAAAAUUUAAUUUGAAACAUAAAACAAUUCUUUUUCUAUCAUAUUACAAUUUAAAAAUCAAGUACCAUCUUCAACAUUAUUAAAUUGGGGUAAUUUGGAUGUCAAUUUUACAAUUUCUAUAGAGGAUUCAUAAUUCUUAAUAAUCAAAUUCAAAUAUUAAUAAGUAACAAAAAUUGCUGUAUUUGUUUUAAGUUAAUAAGAGAAUUUUAUAGUCAUUAACUUUUUAUCAAUAAAAUAAUUUUUAGUUAAUAUUAAUGGUGUUGACAUUUUAGCCAAAUAAUCUGAUUAAUUUGAUAAUUUUAUUUUGCCUGUCUUAAAUUAUAUAUGUGUUGGAGCCAACUUUUCACAUUAAGAAUUAUUCUAAAAUUCCUUUAGAGGAGAAAUGAGAAUGCUUUAUAUAAUUGAUUCAAAUAUAAAUGCUGAAGAUGUUUAUAUAUUAGAAAAAAAAUCUUAAAGUAAUUCUCGCUUAUUUUAAUAGCUAUUAAAAAUGUAAUUGUAAGGUACAAUUCUGUUCUAAUUAAGUACUCAAUCUUAAAAGUAAGACCAUUAUUAUGAUGGUAAUCUUCAUUAAAGUAAUUAAAUAAUAUUGGAAAAUUGUUAGUAUUUAAUGAUACGAGGGAAAAGAUAAAAGUAAAAUACAAUUUCUAAAUUUAUGGAUAAAUUCUUUUAAUAAAGAAAAAGUUUAACAACUCUUGAUGUCAUUAAUUAACCAAAAAAUGUUAAUUAAAAUUCAAAAAAUGUAUUUUUUUUAGAGAAUACAACUUUAUUAGAUGUCAUGAAAUCAUAUGGUAAUUUAGAUAUUUUAUUUUUCCCUUUACAUUUUGUAAAUGAUUAAUAAUUUACUAUUGCUAUUUUAUAACUCUUAAAUACAAUAAUCCAAAAAUUUGGAGAUGAUAUUUCAAUUUAAAAUUAUUUAAGAUCUGAUUCUGAUUUUAAAGGAAUCAAAGUACUUAGUUACCUUCUUACGGUAUUUAUGAAAAAUCAAGGUUGCACAACAUAAUUAUUAUAGAAUAUAUUAAACUUUUAUCAUUCCUUAUUACAUUGUUAAAUUAUACAAGCACUUAGAAAUGAUUGUAUGAGUAUUUAUCACGAAUUUGAAUAUUGGUAAUAUUGCCAAUAUAAUGAAUUACUUUUUUUAUAUGAUAAUUUAUUUGAAUAAUUACAACAUAAUGAAGAAUUAUACAUAUAUUACAAAGAUAAAAUCAAUUAUAUAUAUUAUAUCCUGUAAGUUCAAUUAAUAAAAUAUGAACCUUAGAAGGGAGAUUAAUUAAUUUAUUAAUAACUAAGAAAAUUAUUGAUAAAAUGUAUUUUAUUCAUCAUGUACAAUACCUUCUUUUUAAUUUAAUAUAACAAUGAAGAAGUAGUUCCUGUACAAAUGAUCUUUAGAGAUAAAAAAAAUGAAAAAUAUUCAAGUGAAAAACUUUUAAUAUUCAGAAAUGAAAUCUUAUUAUUACUAAAUUAUAUUUCAUUAAAAUCUGUCUCAGAUUUAGCUGUCAUUCUAUGUUUUAUGUUAAGAAAACCAUAAAAUUGUAUAAUUUAAGAAUUAUUAUCUGAAUUGAAAUGUGGAAACUCUUCUAUGUAAAAAGAAUCUAUUCUAGAUACAGUGCAAAGAAAUGAAAAUGAAGAGACUCUACUUAUGAUAAUUUAAAAAAUUGUAUAUGGAAUAAUAAUUGAUAUGAUUGAUUAGAAGAGUCUUUCUGAUUCAUUCUUAGCAGCAUUAAUGGAAAUUCUAGUUAAAGUCUAAAUUCAAUAAAUAAACUAUGAACAUAAAUUACUAGAAAUAUAAUAACCAAAAAAUGUUCAAUAACUUUAGAAAUCAAAAGAAUGUACUUUGAUAAAAUCUCUAAUCAAUAAAAUUAAAUAUAUUCUAUAUGAGUAUACUAAACAACUCAUUUGCAGUUAAAAUACAUAUCAAGUGUUGAUUAAUGUAUGAUUUUAUUUAUUAAUUAGAUUAGUUAUCUUAAAUGAUAUUGAAAAAAGAGUUGGGAUUGGAGUAAGAAAUCUUAGAUUUAUUUUUAAUUCACUUUAGAAAGUUUAAUCUUUAAACAAAGGAAUUAAUUAUAGAUUUUCUUUUAUAAACAUCAACAUAUACUGUUUUUAUGACGAAACUUUGUGAUCAUAAAGAUUUAAUAUAUUUCAUAAGUGAAUUAAUUUCAAUAGAAACAGGAUAAACAUUAAUAAAUUAUAUAGUAUUGCAUUAUAUAGAUAACAUAUCAUUUUCUGCUCGUAAAAUAGUUAGAAUAUUUUAAAAUAUAGAAAAAAGUAACAAUUAGUUUAUGAAAGUUCUCUAUAAAAUUCUUUUACUAUAAAAUAGCAAUUCAAAUUUGAAAUAGAAUUAGAAAAGUUCAUAAGCUAUGAUUGAUUUAUUUAUGUUACUCCCUACUAGUUUUACAUUAAAUAGAGAUUUGAUUUUAUGUGAACCAGAAUUGUUUAUAAAGGUUUUUGAUUAAUAUUUAAUAUUCUUAGAAAAAUAAGAGAUUUUAUAUUCAUAUUAUAUGGAUACUGAAUUUGUUGGGUUUUAUGAAUAUGAUCCAAUUUUAUUUAUUAAUUAGCUAUAAAUAGAUAUAUAAAAAAAGUAUUUGUAUGCUAAUGGUGGUAUAAUUGGAACUGUGUUAACUAUACUUUUUUAUUCUUUAGAAUUACUUAUUGCUAAAAAGGAAGCAAAAUCUUUGUUAAUUAUUUGGAAAAAGUUGAUUACUCAAAAACAAAAAUCUUAAAUCCGUACAACUUAGUUAUAACCUAUAAUAAUGGAUGAAGUAAUACCAAAUUUAUAAACUAAAAUAUAAAAGAUUAAAAUAAAAUAAUAGAAGUCUUCAAUAUUAAAAAAGUUUAAAUAAAAUUUUUUUGGAGAAUAUUAAUUAACUUAGUAUGAUAAAUAUUUUCAAGAUAUUCAUUUAAUACAUGUAUUAAAAUUUUAAUUGUUGUCAAAUUAAUAUUCCCACUCAGAAUAAUUGUUUGAGAUCUUUAGUGAAUUAUAAUUCAAGCCAGAUAAUUUUAUAAACUUUUAAUCAUUUUGGAAUAUAAUUGAAUAAAAACGAGUUGUUGGAAAUUUAGAUAUUUUAUUUUAAAUAGAAUAAUCUAACUUAAAAUAAGUGACUUCCGAUAUCUCAAUAGAAGGAAUCAAAAAUAAAACAUAUCAAAUAAUAAAUUAAUUUAAUUAAUAGAAUUAAUAAAUUUCAUAAGCUAUAAAAGAUAAUCAAAAAUUAGGGAAUGAUGCAAAAAAGUUUAUUGAACAAAUUUAAAAAAUUAAUACAACAUUAAAAUAUUUAGAAUUAUUUAAGGAUUCCGACUUAAUAAAAAGAGCAGUUUCGUAUAUGAGAUUAUAUGCGUAUAGAUAAUUGUAAUUUUGUUAAGAAAUGAGCACCCUUUUGAAUUUGUAUGCAAUCUAAAUUCAAAAUUAAGAUUAAAUAGAGUUCUAAAUACAGCCGAUAUAAUAAUCAUAUUAAAAUUGUAUUGAAUUUUAGAAGAUUUCAUAUAAUUUAUUUAAUUAAUACAGAUAAGAAUCAAAAUAAACAAUAUUGAGAUAAGAAAAUGAACUACAAAUUUAAUAACUGAUAAUAUAAUUUAAGGUGAAAUAGCAUUAUAAGUAAAAUACUCACAAAAGAGGAUUAUGGUAUUUUAUGAACUAUGGAGAUGCUCAUUUAUAUAAAAAUUUAAAUGAAGUGAAUUAUGACACAUAUUUAGAGUUAUUAGGGAAAGAGAGAUACUAAAUAAAUAGUUAUGAGGAUAGUUUAAGAAGAAGAAUGUUUUUAAAAGUAUUUGCAAAAGAGAAGAAAUCAUAUGAACAUGUUUAAUUAAUAAACAACAUCUAAGUCGUAUUUAAUGAUAUGUUUAAUAUGUAAUAACAAAAUUAAACAAACACAAAAGGAAUAGGAAUAGGAAAUGAGAGUUAGCGAUAUGAGGCAGAAUUAAUAACAUAGAGAGGAUUUUAUCGUGGAAAGAUUUGGAUUACAAAUGAUUAUUUAAUGUUUGAGAAUUUUGGUUUGGAUAUUUCUGAAUAGGUAGUAUAAUAUAAGUUUUAGAAAGAUAGUUUAUUGAGAGUAGAGAAAUAGAAAUUGAUACCUUUAUGUUAGAUUAAGGAAGUAUUUGCAAGAAUGUAUUUAGCAUAAGGAACAGGGAUUGAAUUGUUUAUAAGUAAUAAUAAGACAUACUUUUUUAAUUUGUUUAAUAAUAGAUAAAGUGUAAUAAAGAUAUUGAGUUAGAAUGUAAAUGUGAUAAUGAAUCCAAGUGAAUAAUUUAAGAAGAGUGGAUUGAUGGAGAAAUGGAGAAGAGGAGAGAUUACGAAUUUUUAAUAUUUAAUGGAGAUAAAUAAAUAUAGUGGUAGAACUUAUAAUGAUUUGAAUUAAUAUCCUAUUUUUCCAUGGGUGAUAGCCAAUUAUGUAGAUUUCGAUAGAGAAAAUAAGGAACAUUAUAGAAGAUUAGAUUAACCAAUGGGAGCAUUGAAUUAAAAAAGAUUAGAGAACUUUUUAGAAAGAUUUAAAGAAGCAGAUUAGGAAGAUAUUAAUAUGUAUUUUAUAUAUGGAACACAUUAUUCGCAUAGUGCUAUAGUGAUGAGUUUUUUAAUGAGAAUGGAACCAUUUGCAUCUCUACAUUAAGAGAUGUAAUCAGGUAAAUUUGAUAAAGCAGAUAGAUUAUUUCAUAGUUUAGAAUAAUAAUGGUAUUCAGUAAUGAAUUCAAGUAGUGAUGUAAAAGAAUUGAUUCCAGAAUUCUUCUAUUUUAGUGAAUUCCUAAAAAAUAAGAAUAAAUUUGAUUUAGGUCAAUUAUAAUCAGGAACAAGAGUAGAAGAUGUUACAUUACCAAAUUAUAUAAAUACAGGAAGUGCAGAGGAGUUCAUAUUUUCAAAUAGAUAAGCAUUGGAAAGUGAAUAUGUUAGUAUAAAUUUGAAUAAUUGGAUUGAUUUAAUAUUUGGAUAUAAGAGUGGACCUAAUAGUUAGAAAUACAAUAAUUUAUUUCAUCGUCUCACAUAUAGUAGUUGUGUUUAAUAGUUAUUAGAGAAGACGGAUGAUGAAAUCAAGAAAGAGUAAUAUAUAACAUAGGUUUAUUAUUAUGGAUAAACACCACAAUAAUUAUUUAAGAAGGAACAUCCAUAAAAAUCAAUACCAAAGAUAUUUGAAUCAGGAUCAAUUAUACAAUUUAAAUAUAUCACUGUAUUGAUCAAUAAAAUGAAUAAUGUGAUAGAUUAAUUUUUUUAUAAUGAGAAAUACUUUGUACUUCUGACAAAUGAAUAAGAAAUUAUAGUAUAUAAUGUUGAACAUAGAAUUACCAGUCAUAAAAUACCUAAAGAUUUUAGUAACUAAGAAACUAAAAUUAUGUAAUUUAAUUCUAAUAAUGUUUUCCUCUUGUUUGAUGAUUCCUUAGUUGUGGCAGGCUAUGUAGAUAAUUCUGUCAAAGUAUUUUCAUUAAAAGAUCUUAAAUAAACAUGUUAAGUUUCUUUUCAUAAUAAAGUUGUAACUUGUUUAGGUUAAAGUUCUAAUCAUUUAUUAUGUGGGAGUAUGGAUACAACUAUUUCUGUUUGGGAAUGGACUUUAUAACAUUAACCUUAAUUUAUUUUAUAUGGACAUCAAAAUCAAGUCUCCAUCAUUCAGGUUGAUCCAAUAUUACAAAUCAUCUUAAGUUAUGAUAUUAAAGGAGAUAUUCUAAUCCAUACUAUCAAAGGCAUAUUCCUUAAACUUAUUGAAACCUCUAUCUAAGAUUGCUCUUUUAUUAAAUUACAUCCCUCAGGAUUCAUACUUGUAUCUUUCCUUCAUUAACUCAGUAUUUAUACACUCUAAGGAGAAUUGUACAUUUACAGAGAAUUAUAAGAUCAAAUUAUUAAUAUUAAUGUCAUUAAUGAAUAUUCACCUGAAAUUGUAUUAUACUAUUUUAUCUUUUUAGUUAAUUACUACUCUAGAUGGAAACAUAUUUCUUACAUCCAUUGUUUCACUUAAAUCAUCACAUGAUUUUAUCAAAUAUUGUAUUAAGAAAUACAAAUUAGAAGAAAUGGAAAUUAAAUUAGAAACUAAUUAAAUUAAAAAAGUUAAAGAAAUUGUCGGAAAGUCUCCAGAAUUCUUAAAUGCAUACAUUGCUUAUUCACAAUAUUAUUAAUGUAUCUAUUUUUUUAUUCAUUUAUUUAGUAUAGGCAUAUCGAGUAUUACUUAUUGGUUUUUAGAAUGGAUAGGUCAUCUCAUUAUAUGAAUAACCUAAAUAAACUAGCCUAUUAUGA